AUGGCGACCAGCACUCGCCCGCCCGAGAAGUCGCCCUCCCCGUCCCGCCCUGAAGAGGUAGGCGCGGCAGUAUCUCCUCCCUCCCGUUGCACACCCCUUUCACUCCCCAUCCUCUCCGCCAGCCGUUCUCCCGCCCACCCCCCAACACUCUCCCCCUUUGCCCUUCCCCCUCCCCAACACUCUCCCCCCUUGCCCUUCCCCCUCCGCAUACAAUCCCCCCUUGCCGGGCGACGCGCCUUCCAUGGGGACUCGCGCCCGCAUGUUCACCCCCACGCUGCUGUGCCGGGCGAGGCCCCUUCUAUGGCAACAUCUGCACUCGCGACACAGCUUCUCUUCUGCUGUCGUUCCGCCCACUCACUUCUGCUAGCACGUGCCAGGAGAGGCCCCUUCCAUGGAAACAUCCGCCCUCGAAGGCAACCGCCUGUGCGCGUGGGCGCAGUCCCUGGAGAGGCCCCUUCUAUGGCAACAUCCGCCCUCGAGACAACUGCCUCCCUCCUCAAGUCGUUCUGCCAGCACGUGCCGGGAGAGGCCCCUUCCAUGGCAACAUCCGCCCUCGAGACGACUGCCUCUCUCCUGCAGUCCUUCCGCCCACUAAAGUCCUUCUGCCAGCACGUGAGCACGUGGGCGCACUACGCGCAGAGCCCUGGGCGCAUGAUCGAGACGCACCACCUCGUGGUGCGACUCACAGAGGACGUUCUUCAGUGCAUCGUGUUUGACUCUGACCAGCCCAACGCUCGCAUCGUUGGUGUGGAGUACAUCGUAACCGAGGCGGUGUUCAAGAAGCUUCCGGAGGAGGAGAAGCACCUGUGGCACUCGCACUACUAUGAGAUCUGUGACGGCCUGUGGGUGAACCCGGGGGUGCCAGAGACCAUGCAACAGCAGGAGCUGAAGAAACUUAUCUGUGACGGCCUGUGGGUGAACCCGGGGGUGCCAGAGACCAUGCAGCAGCAGGAGCUGAAGAAACUCAUAAAGACGUACGGCAAAUUCUGGAAUACCUGGCAAUUUGACAGGGGGGACCCUCUCCCCCUCGGCCCCCCUGCCCUCAUGCUCUCCCCCCAAGAUCACCCCUUGGGUCGUGUUUCUCGUGCUCUGGUGGAGCAGAGGGAUGCGGCGUUGUGGAUAGAGACGGGGGAGAAGCGGGAGCAGCGGGCGGCGCUAGUGGACAAAGAGUGGGCGGCGACGGGGAAGGACCGGGUGGCGGACUGGUGGAUGGAGAGUGGCAAGGGGUGGGUGACUGAGAUGAGGGCAGUUGAGCUGGAGAGCAUGGGGAUGGGGAAGGGGGGGCAGGAGACAGGGGGUGUGCCGUCUGUGGUUAUGGGGGGAGGGGGAGGGGUGGAGGGGAAGAAGGAAGGGGAGAAAAUGGGGAAGGAGCGUGGCAUGGGGGUGGGGGAGGAGACGGGUUUGGCUGGGCGUCCGGCCCAGUCCUCUGUGAUUACUCUUGAGUGA